CCUGAGAUGCGCGUGCAGGUGAAGCGCGCAUCAAACUUGACAGAAUGUGAUGAUAACCUACUUCAACAAACUUCUAGUCUUUCCAUCUUGAUAAGGUAGAUGUUACGCAGUCAAGUGAGCCAUAACGAACUAAACCCUGGGAUUUCACCUCGUCCUUGAGAGACCAGCGCAAAUCAACCCCAAAUAAAACAUCACGACCCUUUUCACCUCUCCCGCCCGGAACGGAUGGUCGUUUUCCUUCGAGACACGUGGACGACGCGGUACACAAAAUAAGGGGCCAAAGAGCCGGAGACUCUAUAGAGGGACUCAGACUGGGUGGGAGGAGAUCCCAGCAGGGUUCAGCUGCUCACCAAUGGGUUUGUGGUUUGAAGACGUGCAGCACUCAUCUCUUUCACAUCCUUUGUAGGCAGAGACAGAACUCUUUCAGCACAAGGGGCCUCAACACGACUGACUGAUUUUCUAUCAAGAAAUCCAAACACAAACUCACACUUUCUAGAGAAGCAAUGAAGACAGGUGAAGCUGAAGACAGGAUGUCUUCCAAGCGACCAGCCUCUCCAUAUGGGGGAACAGAUGGAGAGGUAGUCAUGGCGACGAGCAGACAGCGAUUGGAGGAUGAAGAGGUUGAUGGACAUGCUGUCAUUCACUUGCCCCUGAGUUCGUACUGCAGCAAAGUGUCACCGCGAUCUCCUCGCUUGCUCGACAGCCCCCCAACACUACAUGCUAACAUGGAUCAGGAUGGCAGUAAAGGCCUGGCCCUGAGCCCCUACCCCCAGCACAACUCGUCUACCUCACCCAGUAAACAGCAGCAGGAGGAGGGGUCCAUGCGGCCGGGGAGUGAGCCCAGCUCCGCCGCAGCCCUGGGAACACCGGAACGACGCAAAGGCAGCCUGGCCGACGUGGUUGACACGCUCAAACAGCGCAAGAUGGAGGAACUGAUCAAGAAUGAGCCAGAUGAGGCCCCCAGCAUUGAGAGGCUGAUGUCUAAGGACUGGAAGGACAAGCUGUUGGCCAUGGGUUCUGGCAACUUUGGAGAGAUCAAAGGUACCCCGGACAGCCUGGCGGAGAAGGAGCGCCAGUUGAUGGGGAUGAUCACACAGCUCAGCAGUCUCAGAGAGCAGCUACUGGCCGCCCAUGAGGAGCAGAAGAAACUGGCCGCCUCACAGAUCGAAAAACAGCGCCAACAAAUGGAGCUCGCAAAACAGCAACAAGACCAGAUUGCACGACAACAGCAGCAACUUCUGCAGCAACAACACAAAAUCAACCUCCUACAGCAACAGAUCCAGCAGGUCCAGGGUCAGCUGCCUCCAUUGAUGAUACCUGUGUUUCCUCCAGAUCAGAGAACUUUGGCGGCUGCCGCAGCCCAACAAGGAUUUCUGAUUCCUCCAGGGUUCAACUACAAACCAGGCUGCAGUGACCCUUACCCUAUACAGCUGAUCCCUACUUCUAUGGCAGCUGCUGCCGCGGCAACUCCUGGCCUUGGUCCUCUUCAGCUCCAGCAGUUGUAUGCAGCUCAGCUGGCUGCCAUGCAGGUGUCUCCAGGGGCCAAACACAGCACAGUGCCUCAGGCCAACCUGGCAACCGGCACACUCUCGCCCACCAGCGGCCAGAGCGAGAAAAACAGAAGCACCCCGCCACCAAAGCCCAAGGACGAGGGCGCUCAGCCCUUGAAUCUGUCGUCCAAGCCUAAGGCAUCCGAGAGCAAGUCACCCACCUCCCCCACUUCCCCACAGGUCCCCACCCUGAAGCUGGGCCCCGGAUCCCUGAAGCAUAGCGCCCCCUCCAGCAUCGGAGGACCGCCAUCCAGACUCAGCUCCAUAGAUCUGCUGUCAUCCAUCACCUCUGGUGGCUACCUGAACGACCAUGAGGCCGUGACCAAAGCAUUCCAAGAGGCACGACAGAUGAAGGAGCAGCUGAAGAGAGAGCAACAGGUUCUGGAUGCCAAGGUGGCGGCAGUCAACAGCCUGACGCUCAACAACGAUAAAGCAGCUCUGGAGAGCUUGAGCCAGCAGUUAAAGCAGUCUGAAGAGAGCAAGUUCACUCAUGCUAUGAUGGACUUUGGCAUUAGUGGCGAUUCUGAUGGAAGUCCCAGUGUGUCAGACUCACGGAUCUUCAGAGAGGCUCGAGGGCGUGGCAGCAGUGAGCCGCACAUCAAGAGACCCAUGAAUGCCUUCAUGGUCUGGGCUAAAGAUGAGAGAAGGAAAAUCCUACAGGCUUUCCCUGACAUGCACAACUCUAACAUCAGCAAGAUCCUUGGUUCUCGCUGGAAGUCUAUGACAAACCUGGAAAAGCAGCCAUACUAUGAAGAACAGGCCCGACUUAGUAAGCAGCACCUAGAAAAAUACCCUGACUACAAAUACAAACCACGGCCCAAACGCACCUGCCUGGUGGACGGCAAGAAACUGCGCAUCGGCGAAUACAAGGCCAUUAUGCGCAACCGCAGACAGGAAAUGCGGCAGUAUUUCACUGUAGGGCAGCAGACCCAGUUGCCCUUGUCCUCAGCGGGUGUUGUGUACCCAAACACGCUCUCAAUGGCAGGAAUGCCAUCUCCACAGAUUCCCUCUGAGCACUCAAGCAUGUCCAGUAGCCCUGAACCAGCCCCGCCCACCAGCCAGCACUCAUACCUCAGUGCCCACAAAGGGGAGGGGCCUCGAGUGAAGGAGGAGGAUCUCCGAAUGGAUGGCGGCAACGGCGACGCAUACGAUGACUUUGACUACGAAGACGACGACGCCGACUAUGGCAGUGACAGCGAGAACCACAUCGCUCAGUAAACCUGCCAGUCACAGCCAUCUCACCAAUUAACAUGCAUCUUACACAACAAAACUUUGUUCCGUCCCCAUACACCAUCCAAUCAUGACUCCUCCAGAGCCAAGUCCCUCCCUCGGGAGUCUCGAUAAUGCAGCAAAGCACAGGACCUGUCAAUCAAAAUGACUGUUACAUGAAAAAGAGGGUCUUGUAGAGGAAGUGCAAAACCUGGCAUUUGACUCCUUCUGAGCAAACAUACUAUGGCAAGUUCGUAUUGAAUCACGAGUAAGCUACGACAACAGGAAAAACUGCGACAAGUUUGUCAUUGAGACAUUUAUUACUAAAAUGAAAAACACGGACCUGUCAGUUGACCUAUCAUAGACACUUUAAAAUGGUGGACCUGUUUGUUUCUAAAGAGACACUUUUAAAACGGCUUUUUUUCUUGGUUCUAUAAUAUUCUCACUCAGGUACACAGUGCCAACAAGUGGCUUGUGAAUGUGAUUUUGUUGUUUUUGUGCUACAGUUUUAGUAGAGAAAAAAAUACAUUUAUUUUCCUCUUCACCGUAAAAGCACCUGACAGGAGUCACGACAAGCAUUUCCUACUUGCUGAAUCUUUCUAUCACCCUCAUGCCCAUGUCUUUACAGUCAAUGAUGUCUUUUCUUUUGGACGAAAGGAUGGAAGGGAGGACUCAAGUCCCUUCACUCAGGAGUCUGAACAAAUGCUGGAUGACAGACAAUCCCUCCUUCCUCACAUCUUUUCCUCUUGACACACUUUUACUUUUUCCUCUUAUCUGUGUCUCUGGACAUCGACGUGUCUCUCUCUCAGGUGUGGAGACAAACUUUAUGAGAUAGCACAAACUUUGUGUUUGGUGAACAGCUGACAUGGCAAUGGUUGUCGUGGAGAGUGAGGUCUCGAGCUGAAUCAUUGUGUGCUUGCACAUUUCGUUAUGUUUGUAAUUCCUUACGUGUGUGUGGAUGAAUGCGCCUUUCAUAGAUUUUAAGUUUAUGUUUAUUACAUGUAGACGGUUGAUGUGCUGGUCAUAUGAACAUUUAAAAACAUUCAAUAUACAGUAUACAGUAUGUAAUACAGCAGACAGAGACAUGCGAAAGUAAACCAAACAUUUAAUAUUGACUCUGCAUUAGUGCAGAGCAACACACAAAAUGAGGUAGAUCGGACAUGUGCCAUCCUUCAUUCCUUUGUUCCUUCCUUCCUUCCUACAUUCCAUCCUUCCUUCCUUCCUAUUUCCUUCCUACUUCCUUCUUUUCUUCCUCCUCCCUUCCUUUCUUGCUUACACCUUUCCUUCUUUGCUUCAUCAUACUUUCCUUCCUUGCUUCUUACUUCCUUCUUUCAUAAUUCUUUUCUUUUUGACUUUCUUUCUUUUUUUUCUUUCUUUCUUUUUUCUUUUUUCUGAAGAGCCUGUGCUUGAAUGGCAUAUUGAAGGAGGAGAAAAAGAGUUUCAGAGUCGUGCCAGCAGUGAUUUGCUCCCUGUGUGGCUUACACUGACCCACUCCAUCUUAUGCACCUGUGUGGCUGCUGUUGGCACAGCAGUGGCAUUUGAUUGACGGCUGCCCUAACUGUAACUACAUUGCCAGCCUCUCACUGGCCUGGUGUGGGCAUGAGCGGGCAGCUGGAUGGGAGAGAAACACAAGCUGUUUAGUGAACAUCAGCCAGAUACAUCUCUCACUGUCUGCUCUCCUAUACUUCUACACUGAAAAAAAAUAAAUUAAAAAAAAUCUUAAUCGGUAUGUUUUUCUUGUUUUCCAGUAAAAAUUUGUGAAAUAAAAGUGUUUUAUUGUGUAAGACUUGUUUUCAGAGAAUAUAUCUUGAUUAUUAUCUUACACAAUUUUUCUUCUCGAAUACAUUUUGCUUUUAUUAUGGAUGUUUAGAUAUUUUUACUGGAAAACAAAAAUGAUUAAUAUGAUUCUUUUGCACUUAAAAGCCCUACACAGCACAGCACAAAUCAAAUUAUAUAUUCAGAUUGCAUACAUUUAAUAAAAUAUAUACAAAUUAUGAAAACUUAUCAAUAUGAAUCUGCAGUUCAGCUUCUCUGGCCUACUUAAGAUUUUUUUUAAAAUGUGGCGAUUGUCCCUUGAUCUUGAAGGUACUCUGACGCCUGCAGUGCUAGCGACAUAAUUUACACCCUAACACUCACUCUUACCAAACGCAUUUUGCGUGAAUGGCUUUGUCUAUUUGUUUUGGUUCGAUCAGAUCCAGCUCCGUCCGUAACAGUAGUUUGUAUUUGUGUUUUGACUCCAUGUCAGCGUCACUCUGCUGUCGAGGUUGAGAGGAGCCGUUUCAGACUCUGCAUGUCAAUGUUUUAGUUUGUAUUUGCAAAUACUGUAUUUUAUUUUCAUUAAACAUCCUCUAGUGUAAUAAUAUUAUUAACAUUAAUUAUAAGAAUAGGCAGCAUUUCCUAAGUUUAGUAAGUUAUGUACAGUAUAAUUUAUUAUUUUCUCCAGUUGGACAUUUGUUUUUUUUUAUGAUCGUAUGGAAACUGCGCUUGAUAAAGCAUUAUAUUUAGCUGGGUAGUUAUUUAGAUCUCAAUAUGUUUUUUUUGUUUUUUUUUCUGUUUUGUUUUUUAUUAAUCCUGUUUUGACGCUGGUAUAUCUCUGAGAAAGUGGUCACGGUGAACUGCUGACAUGAAGGAAAAGAGACUCUUCUCUUUUUUAUCAUUUUCUUUUCUCGUCCGUGCAUCAUUCAUGAACUCCAAACACAUUUCUUAAAGCACUAGGACUCUGGAUACUCAGAGAAAAACAUAAGAAGAACAUGAUAUUUUUAUUUGUAAUGGUUUAUGUAUAAUGUGAAGUUUAGGUUCCUAUCUGUUGACAUCUCUUUUUCUUUUUACUAAAGAUAAAGAAAAUUAUAUUAUACCCCUGUUGAUAUUGAACAGAAUGAGCGUGGAUUUGUUUACUGAGGUUUGUCAUCCUCUUACGAUUCAUUGGAACAUCAUUGGUUUGGACUAAUGCAUUUGUAUACCUACUGUGUUUUAAAGUACAGUUCAGAUCAGGGUUACAAUACAGAGCAUCUAACUCUUGAAUCUAAACACAGAACCUUUCUGAAUUAGUAGUCAGAUUGUCUGAUUCAAGUGCAGCUCCAGUGAAUGGCCAUAUUUCUAUCUGUUAGACUCCAGAAUUGUUUUAGCUCCACGCUAUGUCUCCCUCUGUCAAUCAAACACAGAGUGGUGAUGUUACAAUCACAAAAUAGCAGCCAUCUGGUGUGACCAUGUUUUCUCAUGUAGAAAUUCCCACAAUCCUAUUAAUCGGACACAUAUGCUAGAGGAAGGACUGGCUGGUUUAACAUACAGGGUCACAUUGUGUCAAUUAUCUGUCGACACGGUAACAUCAUGGUCUUUAUAUACACAUAAAUAUGAGAUGAAUUUGAAGAUUGUGACAAUGAUGAUUACCUGUAUUAUGAACAACAAUAGAUAAGACAAUCAAAGUCAUGUGUGGAGCUCAAAACAAUGUUAAAAAACAACGACAAACAAAAAGUACUUAGAUACUUAUCUUACCAUCUCAACUUGAAAAUCGAGAAAGAUAAUUAUGUAAAUAUAGCAUAGAGUUAUAGAUUUAUAUUUUGUUCAUAACACAGUGUAAUAUAAGUUGUAUAUUUCUUUCUCUCUUUUAUUGAUGUUAUUCAUGCCACAAUAAAAUCAAGAGUUACUGAACUCUUAUGGAAAAAAAGAAAAAAAAGCAAGCCGUGGGUUACCACCAUCUGUUCUAAGUUGACGUUUUUCAGUAUUACUGCCAGUCAAGGCUCAAAUAAAAACAGCAACGUGUUCUGUAUCUCUA